GUUUUCUCAGCUUUUCACCUCAUGCUACCUCUAGAGUCACCCACCCAGCAACGUUAGCCUGAGGGAGCGAAGAUCCCGAUACAGAGCAGAUUUCUUCCUACAUCUCAAGGAGCAGCAGCUUCCAAAAGAAAAGUGUAUCUUCCCUGGAGGAGAUUGCCAAGCACAAGGGCCCCCCUGUCUUUACGCAGGAAGAGAGGUACAAAAUGGUGCAAGCCAUCAAGUGGGUGGAUGAGAUUGUUCCAGGAGCUCCCUACGUCAGCACACUGGAAACCUUGGACAAAUAUAACUGUGACUUCUGUGUGCAUGGUGAUGACAUCACACUAACGAUAGAUGGCAAGGAUACCUAUGAAGAAGUGAAGACAGCGGGACGAUACAGGGAAUGCAAACGCACCCAGGGUGUGUCCACUACUGACCUGGUUGGCCGCAUGCUGCUCAUGACUAAGGCUCACCACAGCAACAUAGAUGAAGACCUAGACUAUCGGAAACACACUGACAACUUUGGGAAGGGGCCAAAAGGUCGCAGUCCCUGGACUGGAGUCUCUCAGUUCCUGCAGACAUCUCAGAAGAUCAUCCAGUUUGCAUCUGGGAAGGAACCACAGCCAGGAGACACUAUCAUCUACGUGGCUGGAGCCUUCGACCUGUUCCAUAUUGGGCAUGUGGAUUUCCUGGAGAAGGUUCACCAGCUGGCAGAAAGGCCCUACAUCAUUGCUGGGCUGCACUUUGACCAGGAAGUAAACCGAUACAAAGGGAAGAACUAUCCCAUCAUGAACAUCCACGAGAGAACGCUCAGUGUCUUAGCCUGUAGGUAUGUCUCAGAAGUGGUGAUUGGAGCCCCCUAUGCCGUCACUGCUGAUCUGCUGGAUCACUUCAGGGUAACACUUGUGUGCCAUGGGAUGACUGAGGUGGUGCCAGACAAGGACGGUUCUGAUCCGUAUGAGGAACCGAAGAGACGUGGUAUUUUCCAGCUGGUGGACAGUGGUAGCAAUCUCACCACAGACUUGAUUGUGCAAAGAAUCAUCAAAAACAGGCUGGAGUUUGAAGCUAGGAACCAGAAGAAGGAAGCAAAAGAGCUGGCUGUGUUGGAGGCCAUGAAGAAACUGGAAGAAGAGAAGCACUAGGCCAGCAGGGAACUGAUGUAUGGGUUGCAGAAUGCUGCAGCCUCACCCUCCUCUGGAGGAGCAAAGAGCUUUUCCAGAGAGGACCCCUAAACAAGGACGCUGCUGCUGGCAUGCACAGGAUGUGUUGUCCCACCCUCGUCUCUCCUAGCUCCUCCUGCACUAAUUAUGCAGACGUAAUGAGCUGGGAUCCUGCUGCCUAGUUUUUCUUCCGUUAAUCAGUCCCUGUUCCCUUUCCCAAGAGGAGAUUUGACAAAAAAGAAAAUGAUUUUAAUUGUAACUAAUGUUUUAACAUGUUGAUGUGCUUUUACCUUCUGCCAUUUCUGGCUUUUAGUAGAUGGGAAGUGGAGCAGCUCUCUGGGCCCCUUCUGCCCCAUUCCAGGUUCUGCUGUCCUGAUUGGCGUCUGCGUUUCAGAACAGCCCUUCGGUUGGUGGUAUGGGCUGCUUUACAGACUGGAGAGAACAAGCUCCUGGGGGAAAAGGACAUGGCACUCAUAGUUAUGCCUGUGAGCUGUUGGUUAGGGAUGUUAGGCUGUCAGCGUGACUGCCGCUGGAGAUGCUGACUGUGUCCUGUGCUGUAAGAUUCCCCAUGUUGACUCUUCUCCGCUGCUGCGUCUGUGCAAAUACCAGACCCAAAGCUACUUCUGGUUUAACUGGAUAAAGCCUUUUUCCAGCUGUGACUGGUGCCAGUGCAUCAUUUGUUUCCCCACUAAUUGGCAGCAGCUCAGCGUCUGCUGAGAGGGGUGAGUGGCUAGUAGCAAGGGACCCUCAGUACUAAUGGUUUCCCUGGUUAGUAGAGGAAUUUCUCUGCAUGAGGAGUGGGAAUGUUGGGAGGGGCUGCCAAAGGCUCUUCCUGUUGCAGGAUAUGCAGGACCCAGUUCUACAUGUAGACCAUGCUCAGAGCUCUGCUGGCUGCUGCUGCUGGAGUUCACCUUGUGUCUGAUAGGCGUUACCUAAGGGAGUUACCUUGUGAGCUGAAAUUCCAUCUCUGUUAAGGCUGAAAUGCAGCAUGUUCAUCUCCUGUGGGAACUGAUGGGGCCUGAAGAGGAUGGGUCUGGGAGAAGUUAGGUGCUGGGCUGAGCCCUCUUCUGCCUCUUACAUUCCAGGGUGCCGUGCUGGGUGUCUCGGGCCACUCCCUGCACUGUGCUGUAUGUCCUUCCAAGCUGGUUCUUUUCUUUCUUCUCUGUUGUACACUUCUGUUGCUGAUCACUAAUAAAAUGUUGAAGAGUUGUG